AUACUGAUAGCAGACGACGGGCACCUGUCAGGCGUCUGAACGAAGGCUACCGUAGACUACCGAUGUUGACCGGUCGGAAAAGACCGAAUCGCGCCGAAGUUCUGUUAUUACAAUGGCCGACAGAAUAGGCUAGAUGAAGAUGUUUUUGCAAAAUUCAAUGGAUUUAUUGUGUAAAAUCAUGGAUAUAUGAAGCAUGAGUGCAGGAGAAAUUGCAGCAGAAGCCGGCAAUGACAAAGAAGUGGAAUAUUACUAUCGGCCAGGAGGAAGAAGAAACGAUGGCUUGAAGGCAGCCGACAUCGUACCCAUCCUACGGGAGAGAGUGGCCUACCUGUCAGGUGGGCGGGACAAAAGAGGUGGCCCCAUUCUGACGUUCCCCUCACACACUCACCCAGAGAGGUUGAAGUAUGAGGAUCUCCGGCGUCUCAUGACGUAUCUCGCCAGUGUACCUAGGUAAGAUCUCCCAUGUCUCAUGUAUCUCGCCAGUGUACCUAGGUAAGAUCUCCCAUGUCUCAUGUAUCUCGCCAGUGUACCUAGGUAAGAUCUCCCACGUCUCAUGUAUCUCACCAGUGUACCUAGUUAAGAUCUCCCAUGUCUCAUGUAUCUCGCCAGUGUACCUAGG